AUGACAUCCUUCGUCCGGACCUUCAAGACCCUCUGUCGAACCCCGUUGGUCCGACAACCUUCCGCCGGGUCCACCUUGAACAUCGAACUCGCCUCGUUCCCCGUGCGACCGAGCAUGUCUUCCCGUAUCUCUUCUUCUAUUCGCCAACAAUCCUCAUUCCAACAACCGCGACAAAUGCAGGCGACGAGGGUUAGAGCGUUCUCGACAACCCCCACUCGGCUGGCCAGCGACAAGGGCAAGAUGGAGUUGUAUUCCGACGAAUCGGGGAGCUUGGGCGCGGGGAUCGACGAUGUAGCGAAGAGCGAUUCCGCGUACGAUACCAGUAAAGGGCCGGAAGAGGCCGCUGAGGGGGUGGAGAAGGAGUCCGGCAAAGACUUCACCGUCCGUUCACCCGCCAACCCCCAAUACUCUCAGGACAAACAGGAUCAGCCUUUGGGUACUUCCAGGUCGAGCGCGGAGGAUGAGAGUACCAAGUAG